CCUGGUCCCAUACUGUGUACAUGUACAGUACAUCCUGUUGCUCAUCACAUUCGACGACAUCCGAUACAUGAGCGGUCUGUCGAGAGAAUGCACAAUCGCUUUGUUUGAGAUUUAUCCGAUCAUGCUCACAGCUCCUGUGACAUCUCCUAGGUCACCUCACCUUUUCAUGUCCUCGACAUAUCCAAGGCAUUCCUCGUCCUUACCUAGCCAUCCACUUCUGUUCUGCGCCAGCAACUCCAGCUCCCCACCGCUGCUUGCUGGCGCAUGGUGAUGUCGAUAUUAGUAUACAUUGGACAUACCGGUCAGCGACUCGUCCUCGAUCCGCGCGACACGAGUACCGUCGAUGCCCUGCGAACAUGCAUCUCUACCCACGCCGGCAUCCAGCCGCGUAACCAGAUCCUCCUAACCCUCCACGGUAAACAAGUUCGACCUCAGACUCUCCUUGUCGAGACCGAACUAUUCGUCUUCGACUCUGCUCAGUUCAGCGGAACCAAUGCCGGAGAUUCGGCGGCGGCGGCGGCGCUCGAUGACGAUUACGACCCUGGUUCACCACCGGACACUCUGACAAACCAAAACGACCUUGCGGCGUGGCAGAACUUGUUCAAGGAGCGGAGGCAGUAUGCUGAUGCUUUGCUCGAGGGUUGUACCGCGCGCGCGGCGUUGGCGCAGGAUGCUCGAGACGAGCAGGUCGUCAUCGAGCGAAGUUUGGCAGUUGCGGUGGCUAGCUUGCAGCAUCACAUCAAGAGCGCGGAGAAACAGUUUGCCUCGACGGAAACAUGGGCGAACGACGUAUUGAAGGAGCAACAGACUCAUACCGAUACGUGGGAGGACAAUCUCGCCAGACUGCGUAAUGUUGCUGCUAGGCCUGACUUUGCGCGGUUCUUACUGCCGAAGAACGGGUCUCCAUCGAAUAGGCGACUAUCUCAACAGCCAAGCUUGGACACUUUGCAGGCGUUCAUUGAUGUCGGAGUGGUGCAACGCGCCGCCACAACGGCUAGAGCGAAUGCGACAGCGCUGAGCGAGAGAAUUGACAUGCUUCGCGAGAAUCUCAGGACUGCCGAUCGCGAAAGUAUGGACCUUCGUCAAGCUGCUGAUCAACUCAAAAAUCGCAACAUCGACGACCAUGCUGUAGAACCCGAUCAAUUGAUAGAAGAAAUAGGUAUGGUGGUCCGCAAGAUGGCUUCUGAUCUCGAGCACGUUCGAGCACUUCCAAAGACGACUCAGUCAGUAUCACAAGCGUCGAAGAUGGCUCUAUUACAUACAAGACAGUACUUGACAAGCCUCAAUGACUAUCGAAUGGAGAUAAACGAACUCGUGCACCAACGACAACAGGAGAGAGCAGACGCAGCUAUGAAGGCACGAAAGCACAUGCAAACGUUGUCGAGUAUUGAAUCGCAAUUGGCAAAGCUGUAUCAGGAUAUGAAAGCUAUCAGCGUUCCCGAAGAUCAACAAGCGGCCUUCAAAUCUCUCAGUAUACUGUCUCGAUUGCCUUCCGUCUACGGUCAUCUUCUUGUGGAAUCGGUACGGCGUCGGGAAUGGGUGACGAAAAUGAAGCACGACACGUCAGCGCUGCAGGAAGAAGUGGCUACGUAUCAAGAAGAAGAGGAGAAAAGACGAAAGAAGUGGUCUCGCAUUGUUGACGAUGUUGUCAAUGCGGACGCAUUACAGGAUCGCGUCCUGGGCAUUGAGCUAAGUCUUCAAAACGAAGAUGAAAGCUGGCCAGACGUCGCACGACAAGAGCUCCAGGAUCACCUCAAGAAUGUUUCAGAUGUCUACGGCCCGGGACAAAUCGUGAGCGAUGUCGAACAGGCCAUCAAGGAUCUUGACAAGCCAACGCGACAACAGGUUAAGCAUGCCAAGGCAUUCAAGCAGGGCAGCGUACACGAGGCUACCUUUGGCAACACUUCACUACUGCUACGCGGAGACGAACAGCAUCGGGCUCUGCGAGAUGCAAACCUUCUGUUGGAGCAAGAGGUUAAGGCGCACAAAAGCCGCGUCGUCAAGCUGGAAAGUCUCCUCUAUCGAGCAAACCAGGCAUCACGGACAAGUACUGGUGAAGUCUUCACCCCUCUCACGGAAGGAUCCAUAUCUGGUCGAAGUCCGAUAGGACAAACCUCAGAAGAUUUCUCGAGGAAUUCUUCUCUGAAGCCCCGAAGACAGUCUUUUGCCCAAGGGAUCGAAGAGAAAAAGCUCGUCAAACGAGUUGUUGACCUUGAGGCUGAGCUCCAGUCGUUCAAGGACGACGCCCAUACCAGAAAGGCUUCAGAUGCGGAGACCCAGAAACAAGUCGAGGAUGCACUUUCCAUGAAGCGAGAUUUGAUGGAAAACAUGGAGGCCCAGCAACGCGAGUUCGCCAAUGAGCGGCGUGGGCUCGAGAAAGAACUUGCCGAAGCGAAGGAUCGUGCCGAAGAACUUGAGAAUGAAAUGGAGCGAAUGGCUGGCUCGCGUGACGGAUUUGAUUACGAGAUUGCCAGACUGAAGGAUGACGCCGCGGGUCAUGCGGCGAGAGCUGCCACCGAAUUCGAUGCCCGUCGAAGCUUGGAGCUUAAGUUGUCCCGCGCGGAAACUGCGCACAAGCAAGUUGAGCAAGAAGCUCAAGCUCUGCUGCAGGAACAGGCUCGGCAACAAGCGACCAAUGCCGAGAAUCGGACUCUGCUGGCUACGGCAUGGGCUCAUCUUGCACCGGGAAGUGAUGCACCAGCUGACAUCGCAGAAAUGGCCGCAGCACUUGAAGAUCUUGCGAGACGAUCAGCUGCCCACGCCAAAGAUCUUGAAGAGGCCGUUUCCUUCGCCAAAGCGGAAAACCAGUCAUUGUGGGCCAGCAACGAGCGCCAAAAGACAGAGCUGUCGGCUGGCGCACAAAAGCAAGGCGAGACGGAAGCGUUGGUUCGUGUUGCCGAAGAUCGGGCCUCGGCGGAGGAAGCGAGGGCCGGAGCUUUGGAAGAGCAGCUACGUGCUGAGCAAGAACAAUUGCGGAUAUCGCGAAGCCGGUUCGCGGAAGGCGAAACGGGAUCUGAAGCUCUGCGCCAGCGUGUGGCGGAAGAAGAGGCAAGAGCCAAUUCGUUGUCGGUUGAGCUCGCUGAGGCGCGAUCGCAUCACACAAGUCUCGAUGCAGAGCUCACUCGGCUGAGAAGCCAAGUGUCAAGCCUUCAAACUGUCGCUGAUACGUCGACGGAACUAUUAGAUGGUCGGCGCGAGCGUGCCAAGGAGGUUUCACAGCGAUUAUUCUCCCAGAACGCCCGCUUGGUCAGGCUCUUGGAUCGCCUUGGUUUGGUCAUAUCUUAUCAGGAUGAUGCGAUGGUCAUAGAACGCGCAUCCAAGAUGGGCGCCAGCACAGCCAACAUGCUUGAUGCCAGUGGUUUACAACUGGCGAGGGUGACGUCAAUUGCUUCACCUCCCGGAACGAGGAAGCCAUCCACCACGGAACCCGAGGCCAUGUCCGAGCUCCGUCUAAUCCAAUGGAUGAAUGCUACGACUGUUGAUGAUGAAAACGCGCAAUUCGAAGCAUUCCUGAAGCACAUUGCAAAAUUUGACCUCGAUGUUUUCUCCGAUGCUAUCACAAAGCGAGUCAAGGACUUCGAAUACACAGCCAAGAAGUACAACAAGGAGGCGAAGGAGAGUACGAAGCGAGCGGAGGCAUACAAAGAACGAGCCCUGAAAUUGCGACACGAGGCUCACACCAAGAUCGCAGUGCGAGAUUUCAAGGAGGGCGAUCUCGCUCUGUUUUUGCCCACACGCGGCGGCCAAGUGAAGGGUGCCUGGGCCGCUUUCAAUAUCGGCUGUCCGCACUUUUUCCUCGCAGAACGCGAUGGUAUGCGCCUCGGAACUCGCGAUUUCAUCGUCGCACGUAUACAGAAGGUCGAGCAGAAGAUUGUUGACCUGGGCAGAACCGGCUCGUCUGCCGUAUCUACGCCGGCCGUGGAAUUUGGCAGUGAAGGACCUAGCUCGAUGCUCGUGGAGGACGACAACCCAUUUGACCUCUCCGAUGGCCUGACCUGGUGGAUGGUGCAUGCCGUCGAGGAACGUGGCGCAGGUGCUGCACCGACGACACCAGGUCUAGGGAAGAGCACUGUCGCUGUCAGCGGGCUGGACGCUAAGGGUAGCAUCCGCAUCAAGCGCAGUCCCAAGAGCGAUGAUGCUAGCAAGCAUCUCAACAAGAGCCUGGAAAGUCGACGCAGUAGCUCAGCGAGCAAGAAGAGCGCACAGGCAAUGCCGCCGCCUUCCUCGCCCAAGGCUGCGCCGACUAUUGCAGUUGCUACCGACAGCGGUGUGGUCGGCUUCCGACAACAGCGUCCAGAAAGUCAGCAUUCCUCCUCGUUGCCGAGACAAGGUGGGUUCUCAUCCUCGCCGCUUGGACUGGGAGUUGUGAACAACACCGAAGGCGAAGGUUUCCCACCGCACCCUCAACAAAUCGCGUCCACUUCACAGCACCAUCCCUUGCUGCAAAAUUCACAAUCGCAGCAUCAUCCACAACAUCAUUACCAGCAGACCCUACAAUUAGGGAACACGCUUGUACCACAUCGCGCAGAGUCGCAGUCGGUGCCGCCGCAAGCCCAUUUGCAGCAGUCGCAACAGGCCCACUACUAUGGCGCCCAACAUCGUGACAGCAGCGAUACCUUAAAUCCGACUCAACCUUCCCAGCUCCCCCCUCCACUUCCCCCCAAAGUCAUGGAAACGCUCCCCUUCGCCCCUCGACAAACUUCCUCUCCUUCACCCAAUCCCACCCAACAACAGCAAUCCGAACUGCAUCCCCAGCGCUCCCUUUCGCCGCUGAAGGAUAUGCUGCAGCGUCAAUACCACCAGCAGGGCCAGACUGCGGCGUCCAAUCCCCAUGGCGGCUCGUCCUCCUCCUCUGCGGGUCCGAUGGUAGCCCAGGCGAAACCGGGAUGGGAGUCGUUGUGGUCAACGGGCUUCUCCGUUGAAUCCAGCCCUGAGAAGAAGAAUGGUGGUCCGGGGCCCGGGACUGGCAGGUAGUCGGUCGAUACGUGGCUGAUGCGACCAGCUGAAGUGUCACGAGCAUCGGCGUGUCGCCCGCGAUCAGUGUACUGUACGUGUUGGGACAUGAUGUGAUAUUGGUCGGUCAUCUGGCCGUAAUGUCGACCCCUUCUGACAAACAGAUUGGGUUCUUACAGGGCCUGUACGAUGGGGUAGUGGUAGAAUCUGGUCUUCACGAAGACGCGAUCAUGGACAAUUUUGGAGCGAUGCAUCCGGUUACGAGGAUCACCAAACCUGCGAGUAUGGUGUAUUAUUGCUCAAAUCGUACUUUCUGUUUAUUAUUCAUUGUCAUUUUAGGUGAUCAUGUCAACCUUUGGUAUAUAUAAUCCUGUCACUGAUAACCCU